UACUCGACGUGCCGAGUGGGCGGAAUCUGUCGCUUUGCUUAGCUACUGCUGAAAGUUUGCGGAAGUUUAUUAUUUUUGUUACAAGUAAAGUUGGAAGUCAUACGUCAAGACGGUAACAUCAGAAAUACGCUUGAUUGUGUUGUUGUUGUACUUCAAUAGAUGGACCUCCGUUCAGAGAAAAUACAGCGGAUCCUCUCCAAGUACAAAUUCCAUGAUGUUGCGGUUGAGGAGCUGCAGAAAAUCCAUCGAAUCUACCCUGGGAUGGCGCCGUCCACGGGCACAUACACAUUUAGCGACGGCAGCCAAAAAGAUCUUGUGAGAUUAGUUGGUAACACCCCAGUUCAGUAUGAAGGUCGCUCCUACAACUUCCCUGUUCAGCUGUGGUUGAUGGACUCAUUCCCCUUCACGCCUCCCAUAUGCCUCCUGAGACCAACCCCCACCAUGGUCAUCAGAGAGGGCAAACAUGUUGACGGGGUCGGACGGAUUCACCUGCCGGGGCUGCACAACUGGGAUUAUCCCAAGUCAUCCGUGGUGGCUCUUCUGGCUGAGAUGAUUGCCAAGUUUGAAGAGGAUCCUCCGCUGUCCUCAAAGACCACAGUGGACAGCAAAGAUCCCCACGAGCUCCUGUCUUUUGUUUCUAAUCUACGGCUCAAUGACGGUGAAAGCAGACAUCCCGAUAAACCGAAUAACAAAGUCUCAGUUAUCGGGGGAGGAGACUUAGGCAUGGCAACGGUGAUGAGCAUUUUGUCAAAGUGUAAAGUGGACAAACUUGUGUUCAUUGACGUCACCGGCAGUUCAACAAAGGGCGGCAGCACCGAUCUGGAGAUUUUCCGUCUGCCCCAGGUUGAGGUGUCCAGAGAUUUGUCAGCCUCUGCGGGCUCCAGGGUUGUCGUGGUGACCGCAAAUGCGUGGAGCAGCGAGCAGUCGUACGCCAGCGUGGUUCAGACUAAUGUGGACUUGUACAGAGGAAUCAUCCCAAAUCUUUCACGUUUCAGCCCCGACACCAUAAUGCUCAUCGCUUCACAGCCAGUGGACGUCAUGACCCAUGUUGCCUGGAGGCAGAGUUGCCUGCCUCCGACGCGGGUGAUCGGAGCGGGGUGCAACCUGGACUCGGAACGACUCAGUCACAUCCUGGAUGUAAACCUGAACGCUCACAAACCAGCCUGGGUCAUAGGAGAACUUUCAGACAACAAAGUUGCUGUGAUGAGCAACACUGGGCUGAGCUCCGGUGAGCAGCCGGAGAUUGCAGCAGAAUCCAACUCUACCAAACCAUUGUUGGACAGGGCAUUUGAGAUGAUGAAAAAUCGAGGCCAGCGGUCGUGGUCUGUGGGUCUGUCCAUCGCUGACAUCACAAACAGUGUGCUGACAGACAAGAUGAAGACCCACUCCGUCUCCACCCUGGCGCAGGGCUGGGGGGGCAUCGGUGCAGAGGUGUUCCUCAGCUUGCCGUGCAUCAUGGGAUCCAAUGGUUCCACACGCUUGGCCGGAGUGUCGCUGGGGCGGGAAGAAGACUCCAAACUGAGAGAGAGCGUCACCGCCCUUUCUGACCUCAUAAGUCAGCUCAAGAUAUGAAGGAUGUGAUUGUUUUGUUAAACUUACUAGUUUAGGAGAAACAGUUCUCCAGUCAACACACUACACAGGUACUGGGUUGGAUUAUGGAUAACAUUACUGUCUUAAAUAACUUUGAUCAGAUGUUUUUGUAUAUAUUCUCGUUGGAGACUGUGUAUAAAAUAUGGGUGUAUUAAAUUAAUUUGUCACAUUAAUUUAAUGUGACAAACCAUGCAAUUUCUAUGCAAAAGCAUCUAAAGAAUACUGGUGUUUGUAGUUAAUAUAUUUUUGUCAGCAAGUUGAAUUUGUCCUGAACUACAUUUACCAAAGAUGAUGAUCCAUUCCUUACAUAAUUUCUUCAGAGAAAAAUCAUGAUGUUGGCAGAUCAAGUGCGAGGCAUGAAUAUUAUAUUCAGGUGCUGGUUUUGACUCGUUGAUAAAAUACAGCUCAUAUUUUAAUGGCCUUAUUUUCUGUCUUAGUGCUAUUUCCAUAUUUGAAGCAAUUCCUGUUGCAUUCAUAUUUAAAUUGCCUUUGCGCAGCUAGAACCUAAGAUAUGUACAGUAAGACUACACGCUUUUGUGGGUGUGCAAUAAAUAUCUGGAACCAGA